AUCACCUAAUUCUCGCCAAAUUCCCCUAACAGAAUAACCUCUGCAUCAUUCAUGAGUGAAAAGAAUAUACGAGCCUAGUGCUAUUUUUGUUUAUUGGUCGACUUUUCGCUGGUUGCCUUGCAUCCUCCUCCGUAUGUCAUGAGAGCACAAGUUCUAUUGUGUUUAUCAGACAUUGCAUAAAUUCAAAGAUAGCUACAAAUUCUUGUGUUCCCGCAACGAACGAUUAAAUUAAGAUAUUUCGUUCCUUAACCUAGUUUCAAUUAAAUUGUCUAAAAAUGUCUACUCCUGCCAGACGACGCUUAAUGAGGGAUUUCAAGAGACUGCAAGAAGAUCCUCCAACAGGGGUCAGUGGAGCUCCUACAGAUAACAAUAUUAUGAUAUGGAAUGCUGUUAUUUUUGGUCCUCAUGACACUCCCUUUGAAGAUGGAACCUUCAAACUCACAAUUGAAUUCACAGAAGAAUACCCUAAUAAACCUCCUGCAGUUCGGUUUGUCAGUCAUAUGUUUCACCCAAAUGUUUAUGCAGAUGGUGGUAUAUGUUUAGACAUUUUACAAAAUAGAUGGAGUCCAACGUAUGAUGUAUCUGCUAUUCUAACUUCAAUUCAAUCUUUAUUAAGUGACCCUAACCCCAAUUCCCCAGCGAAUUCUAUGGCUGCACAACUCUACAAAGAAAACAGAAGGGAAUAUGAAAAACGAGUCAAAGCCUGUGUAGAACAAAGUUUCAUUGAUUAGCGCUAAGAAUUGAGUUUCAAAUUUAAUAUUAAUAAUUUGAGAAAAACUGUAUAAUGUGCUUCAAAAUUUUGCCAAGACACUGUUCCCCCGAUUGUCUCUUGUUUUACAUUGUAUAAAUCCAGUUUUUCCCUCACCUGGGGUUUUAUUUAUAAAAUGUAUCCAAAUAAUAUGAUAUUUAUUGAUUAGAUGGGUUUUUUGCUGAAUUAACUUUUUGUUGUCGUAGAUCUUUACAACAAAUGGGUUAUUACAGUUUGGAUCAUAUCAAGUUAGAGAUAUUCCCUUUGUUUUAUUGUUCUAAAUCCCCACAUUGACUAAAUUUGAAAGACACUUGUUUGAAAUUUAAAUAAAUUUGUUGAAAAAUGUUACUAUGGCAUAUUUCUAUAUGACCACUGGUUUUUUUAAACAUCAUUUAGCAACUUAUCUGUUUUUGCAUGAAUUCUCCACUGAAAUGUGUAUUCAAAUGAAUUUAUUGGUGAUAUACAGGGGUAUGUAGAAUAUAUUCUUGUAAUAAUAGCUAUUUUUUCUAAUUCACACAUGCAGAAUUAGUUUUGUCAGUUUGAUUGUUUAAUUAAAACCUCCACUGAAUUUUUUUUUGGCUUUACUCAUCGCAAACCUUAUUGCCUAUUCCAUGGGAUAGUGCUGUAUGUGUUAUAACUGAAUAUAAUAGAAUAAAUUAUUAUACUCUGUA